AUGGAUGCACCGCCGGAGAGCGCCCAAGCGUUCUGCAGAUCGGCGCCGAACGCAACGCGACUCGGAGCUGCCGCCGGAGCUUGGCCGAAGGGCCAUCAUCCCGGAGGGGGGAGACGAGUAGGAGUAAGGCUGAUUGGUGUAUGGCUCGUGGGUGUUUCAUUCUCGCAUGGCGUUGGGGGCCUAGGAGGAUGA